GAUCUCGCAGAUGAAUGCUGGUUCGAGCGCCAUGGCCAACAAGGCUGCUGCAGAAGCCAAGAAGGCAUUAGCGGAAAAAAAAGCGUCCGAAGCCGCCAGAUUGGAAGCCGCUGCGUUGUUCAACCCGGCGGCAGCCCAGCAGAAAGUGCCGUUCGGUGUGGAUCCAAAGACCAUCUUGUGUGAGUUCCACAGGAAGGGCUUGUGUACCAAGGGGAAAAAGUGUAAGUUCUCGCACGACUUGGACAUCGGCAGAAAGGCCACCAAGAGAGAUUUGUACACCGAUGACAGAGACAAGAAAGAGGAAGACACAAUGGAUAAGUGGGAUGAGGAGAAGUUGAGAAGCGUCAUUUCCUCGAAGCACGGGAACCCAAUCGUAACCACUGAUAUUGUGUGUAAGUUCUUUAUCGAAGCGGUUGAGAACGGGAAGUACGGUUGGUUCUGGACCUGUCCGGGUGGCGGGAACGACUGUAAGUACAGACACUCCUUGCCGCCAGGCUUCGUGUUGAAGACCAAGGAGCAGAAGCGCUUGGAGAAGAUGGCGGACGAAAGCAAGCCAAAGAUCACAUUGGAGGACUUUAUCGAGACCGCCCGUGACCAGUUGCCUAAGGGGAAUCUUACGCCAAUCACCUGGAAGUCCUUCGUCAAGUGGAAGCAGGAGCACAGAGAAAAGCGUUUGAACGAAAAGAGCAAGAACAAGAAGGCUCUUACCGGUAAAGAGGUUAUCUUAAAGAAGUUUGCCGACAAGUUCUACGAGGAGGAAGAGAAUGCCGACCAGGGUACUGCCUGGGACUUGAGCGACUUCAAGAACGCCUUGAAGGACGAUGACAAGGACGAAAAUGUGAUGGAUUAUGGUGAUGGUUCGAACGCCUUUGGCGCGGAACAGGAAGGUCCGGGCGAGGCUGAGGCUUCUGAGGUGCCAAAUGAAACCAGGGAAGAGAUUAAGGAAACCACUGAGGAAUUUAAGGAAUCGGUGGAAAUCAAGGCAGAAGCCCCAGCUGCUGAGGUGGCUAACUAAGGUCAAUCUUUCCUCCGCUGCUGUCAGUUUAGCUGUCGGCGCCCUAAUUGAUGGCAUGAAUCAACCGAUGCAUGUCCAUUUGCAUGUACCACAGGUGAUCCUUCAAUAAUUGUUCAUUGUCAUGAUUUCUUUGGUAUUUUAUUGAUCUUUUCCACCCUUAAUAACUGUAUUCUAAUUG